AUGUAUACAUUUGUAUUUUGUAUAUAGCACACGGUAAAAAUUCUUGCAAUGUGUAUAAAUUGUUGUUUAGUUUCUCAACUGUAGCAUAAACUUUGCAAAUAAUGGGCAAAGCCAUUCCUGAUCGCUGGCUUAAUUAUCGGCCUAUUGGCGAGCGGAUUGCGGGUACACGCUUCAUAGCAUUCAAAGUGCCGCUGCGUGAGAAUAUCAAUGAGGGCAUCGAUGACGAGCAGCUGCGUCUGGCGCCACACUCGCUGCUGGAGUCUGUGCCAAAUCUGGGCCUGAUCGUUGACUUGACCAACACCAAUCGCUACUACAAUCCUCAGACCUUCACGGAUCAAAAUGUGGCGCAUCAAAAGCUCAUGAUACCGGGCCAUCAGACGCCGCCCAAGGAGCUGGCGCAAAGAUUUUGCCAGUAUGUGACAAGCUUUCUGGAGGCAAAUCCGGAUAAUGACAAACUCAUUGGCGUGCACUGCACACACGGCGUAAAUCGUACCGGCUAUCUGAUCUGCUACUUUAUGAUCACCAAGAUGAAUAUGUCGCCCAAAUUGGCCAUACAGACUUUUGCCGAUGCGCGUGGCCACAAAAUUGAGCGUGAAAACUACACAAAGUCGUUACGGCAUCUGGAUUCCACACCAGAUCGGACCAGACAGCAUAGUGAGAGCAGCAGCCACAGAGGGGGUAGACACAGGCCACGGGAUGAGCCGCAUGAGACUCGCAUUGAGAGGCGCUACGAUGACAAAUCUGAAAAUUGGCGUAAUCGUCAACAGGAUCAGAAUGGCUGGCAACAGCGGCCGCCGCUGCCGCAGCCGCAGCAGCAAAGCCAGCAAUGGCGCAAUCCCAGAAAUGAUAGCCAAAAUAAUGGCUGGCAGCAGCAGCAGCAGCAUCGGCAGCCGCAGCGCUGGCGUCAGGAGGCCCACAGCGAGGAGACGGCUCAUAAGCAAAUACGACACAACGAUUAUCAGGCGGCAGACAAUGGACGCUAUCGGGAGCAAAGCAAUUGGCAGCCCAGGCAGAACAAUCGCCUUCGCCAUGUGGAAGAUCAAGGAUAUGGCAGAAGCAGCAACGGCAGCUACAACAAUUACCGCAGGUACAACAAUAACAACAGCAGCAACAAUAACAACAACAACUACCACAGUAGCUUCAGCAGCAGAAGCGACAACUAUAACAACUACAGUAGAAACAGCAGCUACAACAACAACUACAGUAGAAACAACAACUACAAUAACUACAGCAGAGGCAACAACUAUAAGCGGCAGGAUAGUAGACCGCACUCCAAUCGCUAUCAAUAUUUGACUGACCAGGAAUAGCUUUGAUUGUUGGCUAUUUAGGAUUUGGCGUUCAGUAAUUGGUCCUGCCUGAUUCUGUACAUUUUCGUUUCGUAAUAAAUUCCAGUCCUCUGUUGGCCAA